AUGCGCUCACCAUCCGUCAAACCCUCAGCAUACCCGCCCAUCCCCUUCCACACCAUCCGAUUCCUAAUCUUCCUCUCCUCAAUCGUAACAGGCGUGAUCUUGGCAGUAUUCACCUACCAUCUCCACACCGAUGGCUACAAACUACCUUAUUCAUUCAUAGUGCUCCUCGUCUCCUCAGCCCUCUCCCUCCUAAACAUCCUCCUAACAACAAUAAUCCACUGCACCCGCAGCCUCUCCACAAAACUCUCCCUAACAACCAACCUCCUCCUAACGAUCCUCUGGUCCGUCUCCCUGGCUUUGAUGACCUGGAGCCUCGCCCACACAAUAACAACCUCCUGCAACAAUGUCUUCUGGGGCAACGCAACCGGCAUAGCCGUCUGCCGCGCCUACAAAGCCCUGUUCGCAUUCAACGCCCUCGGCGUCGCAGCCUACCUUGCCGCCGUCUGGCUGGACAUCGUCGUGCGACGACGACAGACCCGUCUCGGUGCUUACGAUGCAAUGGGGUCCCAGCCGGGACUGGAUGAUGCGGGCGCGUUCGAUGUCAAGAUGGAUGAUAGACAUAGCGAGCUGACGCCUGCUCUGCAUGAUUAUGAUGUGCCGGCGCAUGGUCAUGCUGGGUAUCAUAGUGCGCCGGGGCCGUAUGAGAGGGGGUGGGAGGGUGUGCAUGGCGGGGAGGCGCAGGGUUAUUAUGAUGCUGCACCUGGGAUGAAUCGGCGUGGGGUACCGAGGACGGGGGAGACGGGGUAUGAUCCUGCUAUGUAUCGGUGA